AUGGCUAUCAAUACUAACGUUGUAUCUUCCUCGGAGGUGAUUUUCAAGUCGCCUUCUUCUUCUUUCUUUCGAAAACCCGUGUUGAUAUUGGUCCUAUUGUUUAUUUUGUUUGUACAUCAUCAAACUCUGCUGGCUGCAUCUAAUUAUCGAUUUUUAGCAGAAUUUAAAACUAAGAGCACGUCGUUUCAGUACAUCAAUGAGACUUUUGUAACGAACAUUACAACAUCAUCAACCUUUGGUUAUUCGGUGUGCAACUAUGCAAAUGAAAAUGGAGUUUUCUCUUGGCAAAUAUUAAUGGCGAAUCCAUUGCCUACCUAUAAUGUGAACACGACAGAUCAUAUCAUGUGGCUUCGGUAUUUUCGAUUCAUUCACAACAAUCUACAAACCAUUUAUGGAAAUCAGCUGUUCUUAUCCUCCAUUGACAACAUCACUCAAGCAUUGAAUACUCACAAAUUAACAACAGGAGUCAAUGGUUUGCAAGUUGAUCCCUCAAAGAUGAUGUACUCUUUAGGUGGAUCAACAAGUGGAAAAAUUUCUAAUGGAACUUUGUAUUUUGACAUACCGGAGCUUUUUGCAUCUCAAUAUUCAUUACAAAUGUUUACUAUCCAGUUGAAUACUACAUAUUUGUAUGAUAAUUCAAGCGGAUAUAUACCCAGCUCAAUGAAUGACAUGAUUCCCGUAAAUAUGAGCUUAUUGAAGGGAAGCAAUCCAUCCUACGGUUUACCUCUGUUGUCAUAUUUGGCGAACUACAUCAAAGUUAUUAAUGUCUCAAACACCACACUUUUAAAUUAUUGUGGAUCAACAUCUCCUGUGGUGGCUUUCGCUUGGAAUUCAUGGAAGUUUUGGUUCACUCUUGUUGUGAUUUUAUUGAUGCUUACAGCAUUAACACUGAGUUUAUUUAGACCUUAUUAUUGUGUAUUGUUUGCUUUGGUGGUUCUCUACUUGUCUGGUGUGUUGAACUUUUCACAAGCUACCAGUGGUUUCAGCAAUGAAGGUUUAAUUUCCGAGACAUUGCUCUUUGUGAUCGUUUACCCAAUUGGAAAGAAUACUCUAACGAAGAAAUUUAUCAACUUUAUGUUUGGCUCCCCAAAAUACGGCUAUUGGCUGUGUAUUUUGCGAAUUUGUAUUGUGUGUUCGAUCAUGUCUGCAUUUAUCAAUGACACGCCAAUUGUGAUUACAAUGAUUCCUCUCAUUAAGAAUUGGGCCAGAGAGAACAAUAUUCCACCUUCAAAAUUCUUAAUGCCCAUGAACAUUAUUACCAUUGCUGGAGGCUUAACAACAUUGAUUGGAACUUCGACAAACGUCAUUGGAAAUGGUUUAUAUGUUUCGUAUGGAUAUCCUGCUCUGACAUUUUAUGAAUUCUUUUAUCUUGGUGGAAUGUUGGUCGUUGUGACAACCAUCUACCUUACCACACUUGGCUUGUGGUUAUUGCCAAGUAAAAAGGGUGGUCUAUUUCGUUUUGCAAGAGAAAGAGGAGAGCAAUUUCUCUGCAAGUUAGAAUUAAAGUCAAAUUCGUCACUUCUCGGAAAGACCAAGAAGAAGGCUCUAGAAUCGUUAGAAUUCAAAAAUCUUGACAUUAUUCAAAUUAUCAGAAAAAAGAAGAUAAUCACACCCAACCCAACAACCACAACUACAACAACAGAAGAAAACAAAUCCUCAGAGGCUACAAUUUCUCCUCAAUCUAUUCAUCAAGAACCAGCAACACCCACAGCUAUUGUCAUUGAGGAUGAGUAUGAGAACAUUGUUCCUGUUCCAGAUGACUUUAUGCUUAUACUUGGAGAUCAAUUAAUUUUUAAAGGACCACCAAACAUUAUUCUCCAAUUACACUCAACAAUGGGAAUUGAAGAACAAGAAAACAUCAUUCAAACCAUGCUAGGAACAGACACUAUUGCAGAAGCGUUAAAAGACAGAGUUGGUGUACUAGAACAUAACACGACUACUGGAGAAAAAGAGACUGCUCAUGCUUCAUCAUCUGUUGAACUUCCUACAAUUUCAGAGUCUCCUCAAGAAGAAAUCAUUCAAGAGGUUGAACCCUCUGCUGAAAACCCUCCAGCGUUGUUGGAAGACAAAAUGGAUGAAGCUCUUCCCUCACUCAUUUACGCUCCAAUUCCAAAGGCAACCUUAAUUCAAAAAAUUGAAGAACAUGGGCUAAAUGUUGAAAGGAAAAGUUCAGUUGAAAAUGCAAUUAAUGAACAAGUAGAAGAAACAAAACAACAACAACAACAAGAAAUCAAAAAUGAAGAAAACAAGACUACCGAAGAAAACAAACCAGAAGAAUCAAGCAUUACUAAAGAGGAGCCAAAGAAAGAAAGUACAAAGAAGGAAAAAUCAAAGAAAGAAGAUAAGGAAGAACAAAAACACAUUGAUGAGAAUCAAACAGAAUUCUUUGAGGUUGUUGUGAGCUCAUCUAAUCCAUGUUUAGGUCAAAAGUAUAACUCAUUCAAGCAAAUGUAUGGUGUUGCCAUAUUAGCUAUUCGUCACAGAGAAUGGAUAGACACAAAAACAGAUACUUCUGAUCUUGAAAAAUUGCAUGUUAAUACGGGUGACACAUUAUUAUUGCUUGGUAAAAGCUCAUUUUAUGACAAGUAUAGAGAAGCCAGAGAUUUCUAUGUCAUUUCGAGAUGUAAUGUUGAAACAAGAGAAGAGGUGACUCAAUUCAAAAUCAAAAUACCUUUUACAGGAAAGAAGAUUAAUUUGUGGUGGUGGGAACACUUGAUUUUCCCAAUUUUCUUUGCAAUGAUUGGGUGUGCCAUCGCUGGAUAUCCCUUGGUAGAAUGCACAUUCGUUGCAUUUAUUGUAAUUGUAGCUAUUGGCUUAAUUUCUCCUAAUCAGGCUGUGGAAUGCAUUGAAUGGCCAAUCAUUGUUUUGAUAGGAGCAUCUCUUGGAGUUGGAAUAGCCAUUACGAGUAGCGGUAUUGGUGAAGGUUUGAACGCCUUAUUGCAAUUAAUGCAAGUACCAUCAUGGCUACUUCCUGCAUUCAUUGUUUUCAUAACCAUCUUAGUCACUUCGGUGAUUACGAACAAUGCUGCCGUUUCUGUGUGUUUGCCUCUUGCAAUUUCUGUGGCACAAGCCAAUUCCUUAAAUCCAAGAUGUUUUGCCAUUGCGGUCAUUAUGGCAGCAAGUACCACGUUUAUUCUUCCAAUCGGUUAUCAGUGUAACUUGUUAAUCAUGGGACCUGGUGGCUAUUCCACAUGGGACUUUAUCAAGUGUGGAUUCCCCAUUACUGUCAUCUAUUUUCUCCUUGAAAGCAUUCUCAUACCAUUAAUUUGGGGACUUUACACUCCAAACUUUUAA